CCCCCAAAUAUCUUUUUGGACGCGGAGGGCACGGUCAAGCUGGGGGACUUUGGGCUUGCUACGAAACCGCCCAAGGAUGUCCGGGAAGGGUCACACGACGACGACGACGACGACGCGAUCUUGGACCACGUUCCGUCGUUGAACGUGAACCACUUGACUGACAUUCCAACGUACGAAAGCAUUUCCCGCGACCAAGCCGUGGACGACGACCACGACGGGGGCGUGCAGGACCUGACGGUCUCGUACGAGAGCUUGAACAUCACCGCGGGCGUGGGCACGGCGUUCUACCGCGCCCCCGAGCAGGAAAAGGAGGGCCAGCGGUACAACCAGAAGGCAGACAUGUUUUCUCUGGGGAUUUUGUUUUUCGAAAUGUGGUCGCCGCCGUUUACAACGUUGAUGGAGCGCGCAGAGGCGUUGAUGGAUCUGCGACAGCGUAACCAGUGCCCGAGUCAGUGGAAGGCGCCGGCCAACGUCCAGACAAUUGUCCACUGGCUGUGCGCGCCCAACCCGAGCAACCGGCCGUCCGCGGCGGAGCUCCUCGCGUCCAACUUGUUGCCGCCCAAGAUGGAAGUCGAGGAAAAGUACCUCAAGGAAGCGCUGCAGACGCUGGCCAACCCCAAGGGCCACUUCUUCGGGCAAAUGAUGCAGGCGCUGUUUGUGCAAGAACCAGUGGACCACGUCGAUUACACGUUUGACGGUGUGCACAAGCACAAGGCCAUGGCACUGUAUGCCGAAGGUCAUGGCCGAGUGUUUGUCCAGCGGCAUCUUCAGGCCGUGUUCGAACAGCACGGGGCGGUGGAGCUGACGACGCCGUUGCUGAUGCCCAAGCGUGCCAGCUGUGCGUUGCAUGUCAACCGAUGCGCUUUGCUCGACGCGGCGGGGGUCACGGUCAUGCUUCCGUUCGACUUUACCGAGCCGUUGGCGCGGUUCCUCGCGCGCAACAACGUGUCGCAGCUAAAACGGUUCCAUUUCGGCCGCGUGUUUCGGAAAAACGUGAGCGGCGGGCACCCGCGGGAGAUCUUCGAAGCCGAUUUUGACUUGGUCUGGGACGAAAAGCACACUGGCCGCGUGAUGGAGCUCGAGGUGCUGCACGUGGUCCGGCAAUCGCUCGAGUCAGUGGGACUGCUCGGCACGUCCUACGUCCGGCUAAGCGACGCCCGGCUGUCCCGCGGCAUGCUCGACCUGUGCGACGUCCCCCUAGCAACACGCCGGGAUGUUCUCAAAUGGCUCUCUCAGGAGUCCAACUUGCCGUCCGUGCCCACAAGUCGGUGGAAGUUUGUCGUACGCAAGAUGGCGGACGUGUCCAUCUCGGACGCGUCGUGCGAUCUGCUCAAGCACUUUUUCCACCUGCCGCCAGACCCGCUGGCCGCGCUGGCGUCGAUCGAGUCGUUUCUCGUGCUCACAAUGAACCAGUUGGGCCACCAUGACUUUGCCACGUCAUCCGACGCGUUUACAUCGAACAAGACAAAACGCGAACAAAAGCGCGACGCACAGCUAAAGAAAUCCAUCCACGACGCCCUUCUGGGGCUGCAAAACCUCCGCGCAUUGUUUGUUGACCUCAAAAGUGCCGUGGCACUUCGAUUGGACCUGGGGCUGCGCCAGGAAGCGUACACGUCUGGCCUCAUGUUUCAAGUCGUCAACAACCAGAACGAAAUCAUGGCCGAAGGCGGGCGGUACGACGCCCUCGUGGUCAAAUACAGACUCCCCGCGGCAAGGAUUCAGCUGCCGACGGUGCGCGCGGUGGGGGUCCGCUUCUCGGUGGAUCGCAUGGUGAGCUGUCUGGCGCGGCCACAAGUCGAAUCCCCUCUGAUUUUGGUCUGCUCGGACCCGGCCAUGCUGCACUCGCGGCUCGAAGUGGCCACGUUGCUGUGGCAAAGCGGACUCACGGCCGAGUUCUGGCACCCCGAUACCAAGGACUUGGAGGAGUACUGCACCAUGAUUGGCGCGCACUGGAUGGUGUUGGUCAAGAAGCACCUGUUGACGGAAAAACGAGCUGUAAAAGUGCGUUCGAUCAAGCACUACGACGGCGACGUGACGGUGCCAAUCACGUCGCUCGCGUACUUUUUCUCCGAGCACCAUCCGUCGUCUUCGUCGGGGCUGCAUCGUCCGCGGAGUGGCUCCAUGGCAACGUCGCUGUCGUGUGCGGGAGGGGCCAGUAGCGGCGGCGGUGGCGGUGGCGGCGGAAGUGCCGAUAUGAAGAACGGCGGCUUCGACAAGGACGCGCCGACGGUCAAAUUGAACGUCAAAGUGGUGGACCCAAAGCAGAACCAAAAGGACAAGCACCGGCAAAAGCAAGACGUCGGCCACGUCGAGCGCCAAGUGUCCAAGUGGCUGUCGUCAUUUUUGCUGCCGAAUGCGUCGCAUGAACCGACCAAGGUGCUGUCAGUGGACGUGCCGUUUGCGGUCCUACGAGACUUUGGCAGUCGGUUCAUGGAGGACCGAGGGACGGCGGUGGACGUAGUAGGGAACACGCGGUUUAAAAAGGUGCUCAAACUCGUCGUGGACGAAAUCGCCGAGCUCGAAGGCGCAGACUACUGGCGAGGCAAGCGGGAAAAGUACGUGCUGCUCCACAGCAGUUGCGACGAUCGGUACGAUAUGCUGUCGAUCACAGAGCUAUCGUCCAAGAAUCACCACCAUAAUCGAAGAUAGAGUUGAUCGACCAGGGCAGUAGUAAUACACGUAAAUCGAUCAAUACAAGGACUUUCGCGUUGUGGGGACACCGACUAUGAUUGUCG